AAAUCCUAAAUCCGCCUUCUCCGGACUACCAGAGUUUGGAUGCUUUGGCCAAUGACAGCGAAAGACUGCGGAACCAGUUGUCACGGAAUCAGUUUUUCCCCUCCGGCGUCAAGCCCCUGAUCGAAUCCCCCAUAAAGGGUGACUAUACGAGCACCAAUCAACAGACGCCCACCUUCUCCAAACAGUCUGCCAGCUAUGGCUGUCUCAUCGACUCCGUGGAGAGUCCCUCCAGCCAACGAAUGCCAACCUACCCCCUGCAGAACUACUACGAGAUUACCGCCCUGAAUAAUAAUAUGGGUACACAUGCGAGACAAUUUCCGGCCGGUCGUAGUCCCUACCACAGCAACGUCGGUGGCAGUGGCGGCGCCUCGAGACGCUAUCAGCGUAGUGCUACACUUGGCCGGUUAGGCACCAUGGCCGAAGCUGAGCCGGUCGGUCGCUUCACUGACGGCGAGUGUGGCGACUUGCACCACCCAACCGCCGGGGAUCUGACCUUCAUAUCCACCAAUCGUCCCUACUCCCGCCUGCAGGCAACCCAGUCACCACCA